GUUACUCCCCGCAGGGAGGCGCUGCUGCCGGUUCGCUCUGAGAAGGGAGAGAGAGAGAGAAAAAAACAAAACAAAAAAAAACGAGACAUUAUUUAGAAGAAAAAAAAGUCGAGAUGCCGAGCAAAAAAAAGAAAUAUAACGCCAGAUUCCCUCCGGCUCGUAUAAAGAAGAUCAUGCAGACGGAUGAAGAGAUUGGGAAAGUUGCAGCGGCAGUGCCUGUCAUUAUCUCUCGGGCCCUCGAACUGUUCCUCGAAUCCCUCCUGACCAAGGCCUGCCACGUGACGCAAUCCCGAAACGCCAAAACGAUGACCUCGUCACAUCUAAAGCAGUGCAUUGAGCUGGAGCAGCAGUUUGACUUCUUGAAGGACCUGGUAGCGGCUGUGCCUGACAUGCAGGGAGAUGGAGAGGACCCCCCCACUGACAGGGGGGAGAGGGGGGCGCGCAGAGGGAGAAAGCCGGGAUCCGGUCGGAAAAAUGGAGGCGCGGGAAUGAAAGGGAAAGAUAAGAAGCAGUCGGGGACAGAGUCCGAACAGGAGGACGACUCUGAAGACAGUGAGACAGAAGGAGAGGAGGAUGAAGAGGAGGAGGAGAUGGUUUCUCAGCCCAGCAGUACAAACCCCCGCCCUGCAGCCAGGUUUCAGAGCUCUGCGGCGCCGCCCUACCUGCAGAUGGGCUCCAUGCAGGCGGUGCUGGGGGUGCCGGUGACCACGCCCCCAGCCCCGCCCCCGGCCCCGCCCCCCAGGCACCACGAGGGCAGCGAUGAUGAGGACUACGACUCCUAGCCUCCCUCUUUUUAAUUUUUACUUUUAGUUUUAAGUUUUACUGCAUUGUGUGUGUGUGUGCGUGUGCGUGUACGGGGGGGGGGGGGAGGGGAAUAUACAAAAUGCAGCUCUUUGUAAGACACAACCACAACAGCAAGAACAGGUUGCGUAUUCCGAGUUCAGCUUUUUAUGAACUUUGUAUUUUUUUUUCUUUUUUUUUUUUCUUUUUUAAAUCCUCUGUCUUUUAAAGCACAAGGAACAACAUGGUUAUUUAUGUAAUAUUUUAUAUAUGUCUGUUUUAUCUUACUUGAUCCAACACACUCAACCAAAUCUGUCUGGUGUCUUCAUCAGUGCUAUCCCACCUGACUUACUUACUUAUUUGUUCCCACUCAGUACACACUGUGCUCUCCUUGCUCUUUUUAAUGCAGCAGAAAAAAACCUUUUUGUCAUCCCAAAAACCAGACAAGUUGGUUUGUAUCACCUUAAUUGAGUCGUAUUUUUAAAGAAGACUAAAAUGUCUUUACAGCAGAAGAUCUUUUUUUUUUUUUUUGGUAUGAUGAGGGUGGGCAGUAGCUUAAUAGUUGCAGCACCAGACUGCAAUGUCUGUGCAAGGGUGUGGGCUCGAACCUGCAUCUUGGGUGGCUCGGUGGUCACGCCGUUCCACCCUGGUUUAAGUGUCAUAGGAUGCCUGUUUUAAACUCGGUUGAAUUCAGUCAGUCCUGGAAUCAAUGGAAGCGGUAGCUAUGGCCGUUAUUGCUGUAGAUGCAUGUUAUUAAUGAUUAGCAGCAGUGUUGGGUGACACAGGCAGCAUUGCUGCUCACUAGCACACAGAAACUACAGAAUGGAAACCUGCAGGAGUUUUUUGUUUUAGUGUAUUUUUCUAAUGUAUUGUUCCGUUGCCAUUUCAGGCGCCCAGAACUUCUCCCUUCUCAAUCUCUGACGUUCGUUUUGAAACAAAUGAGAAGCAAACACAUUUUAUAGUCUUGCGUUUUGUUUUUGUUCUUUAUUUACCUCUGCGGUUCAGCGGGAGGGCGGUGACGUUCAUAAGAGAGAUGCGUUUUCUCAAACUGAUGAGAUUUAGACAUUAAGAGUUUUUAAUGAAUUUAAGUUAUACAUUUUAGAGAUCUCUCUCUUCAGCUGUACUGAGAUAAUGUCCACGUUGUUCAAACUGUUUCCUUCUCCUGUACGUUUUGACAAAAGAAAAUACAACCGAUUGUCUAAAUGUAUUUGUAACGAGAAACCGGGUAAACUCAAUGACUCCCAGACAAACAAUUCCAAAUAAAAUAUCUAAUGCUUUUAUGUAGGAUCACUGUGGAGGGGGAGGGAAGUGUACCUACCGGUACAUUUUGGUUUCUGCCUCUGGUGUAAAGAUAUUUAACAACCUGUUAUCUACAAAACACAUUAAAUACAAAAAUAUUAUUGACAGAAACUCAUUUUUUUUAAAUAUCUUUUGAAGCUGCAGUGCUGCUUCGUUCCUGUGAGUGGCGCUGCAGUAAAGCAACACAAACAAACAUUCUUAAGCAGCAGCAGCCCCAUCUGCUGGAGCUAAGCGGUAUUGCACUGGGCUUUUUAUGUUUGGAAUGCGUUAUAUUUUACUUUACAGUCUUUUGCAGGUCAAAAGCUAUUACAAAGUUUAGCAACGGAAACUAAUACAACAAGAUUUUUAGAGGCCAUUGAUUCAGUCUGCUCUAGCCCUGGUACUUCGUACAGAUGAUGUUUUAACUGAGGAGGUGUCUUAUUUUCCUUCAGGUCAGGGGUUUUGUGUCAUAUGUUGCUGUUUUUCUUUAAUUCCCCAUUUAAAAAAAGUCUGUUUUCAAAAGAUGCUAGAUUAUAUUUUUUAUGUGUUCUAUUUGAACAUGUCUUUUGUAGUCUGAGGUACCUCUUGUUAGGGACCCCUCUAUCAUUCUGCAAACUCAAACAAUCUUACAUUUCCAAAAACGUAUUCCAAUGGUUUUUUUUUAAAUUGUAUUUAUUUUUUUUUAAGUUAUGCAUUUUAGUAUUGGCACAGCAAAGUCCUUUUGCUAAACUGGUUUGGCCAUUUUUUUUUUGGAUCUGUUAAGAAGAGUAAUAAAAAAAAUUCAGAUUUGUUGUUUCAACAUAGUACUGUAUUCAUUUUUUUAUUUAAUUUUUUACCUGGCCUGUAUCUGUUUAUAGACUUGGCAGUAGGUGGUUGUCAUUGUGUGUGCACAACGUAAUUUAGCACUGAUCAAGAACGGUAAAUCUGGUGCUAGCGAUAAAACUUACAUAUACUGUGAAAAACCAAUGUUAUGCUCUGAAUUAAAUCGAAAACAUAAUACUACUAUUGUAGCACUGUAAUGCUUCAAAAGCUGUAAUGGCGCUAUAAUUUUGAUUUAAUCAAGCCUUAUUGGUACAGUUUCUUCCUCCCAGUCCUUCAGUGGAAUUAAAACAGAGUUACGAAAUAUCAUCUUUUUAAAAGUGGACGUACCGGGCCAGAUUGAGGUUUUAAGUGUGUUUGAAGCUGAGGGAACACGAAACCCCUUUGUGGCUUAGAACUCCAGAGACUAGGCUCCAGGCGACUUUUGGGGGUGUGACACAGCGACCUCAAAUAGGUCUCCUGGAACCAGGUUUCAAGCCGCUGUUCCUGAAAAAAGCGGCCUUGUGUUCCCUCAGCUUCAGUUAUUACACUGUAAUUACCAAUAGUGCUUGCGUGGUAAUUCCAUUGUAACUACACAAUCAUUUGUGUUAUUACACUUUGACCUUGUUAAAGUUUAUUACAAAUAAGGACCCCCCCCCCCCCCUGGGCAGGGAUCGUUUCAAAAGGGUUUAUAUUUGUACUUCUGUUUUUAAAUGACAGACUUGUACAUUGUUAGUUUGCUUUCUCUUGUUCAGGUUCCGAGAGCAGUCUCUCUUCCCCCCCUUCGUUGUUUUAUUUUAUUAUAUUUUUAAUGUAUACAGUGAUCGUGGUUGUUAUCUGACUGGUUUAUGCUUGACCAUGUUGUGUGUCCUCUCUUGCCAGAGAGAGAGAGAGAGAGAGAGAGAGCUGUACAGGACUUUUAACAUUUUUCGUUUUGUUUUGUAUGAGUGAAAUAAAGUUCAGAUUUCAUUAUAAAAACUGG